GAGCCCAAGAGUUUGAGUCCAGCCUGGGCAAUGUAGCAAGAUCCUAUCUCUUAAAAAAAAUUUAAAUGCCUGGAUCUACCUUUUCUUUGGUCAUAAAGAAGUUGACUGUGAUGGUCACUUUUAUUUAUAUUGAGGCUAAGCGCCCAGGUCGUGGAGCAGGCCAGCCCCUUCUGUCUGCUGUGUGAUCCUGAGUAAAUGAGUUCACCUCUCUGAACCUUUCUCCAUGGAUAAAAUGGAAUCACAAUUCCUCCCCUAAAGUUGGCUGGGUGAGAGUUCCACACAUUGCUUAUGAAGCUGACACAAUGCCUUGCAUGUAGUAGGUGUUCAGUAAAUGGUAGCUAUUACUCGUGAAUGUCUUCUGCAGGAAGAAAAUCAGUCAGUUCUGUGACAGUAUCCUAUGGAAACGGGUGGGUGGAUCUGUGCCCAAGUUGGAGAGUAUGUUUAGGGUGAUCUGACUUAAAAUUUAGGCCACAUGGCACAUGGAAAAUGGAGAGUGUCUCAGGUCCCUCACUUUGAGAACUAGAAUCUUUCCAAAGGUUUCAUGUACCCCAAUAGGAAAUGGUGACCCCAAGAAACCAAAGAAAGGGAGCUGGUGGUUGUGGGGAGACACCGGAGAGCUGCACACCCUGCCCCUCGCCCAGUGCUGCUGGACUUCCCACAAAGCCAGUGAGGUCCGUCUGCCCCCAGGAAGUCAUCAGAGGCUGUGGCUGAGGAGACAGGCACUGGGGGCCUCCGUGGACCCGCUAUUGGAGUGAAACGGCCUGGAUGAAAUUGGGUGGACAGGGUGCUGCCUCAGCAGGCUGGGAUGUGCUGGGCUGUCAGAAAGUGCUCAUAAAUAGCAUGCCCCUUGCAAAAGCAGGCGAGUCUGCAGACGGCCGUGGAUCCUCUGUUCUUCCCGAGGCUACAGCAACAGGUUCAUUCUGGGAUGGGCUGGGGGUGGGGAGAGAAAAGCCACCCUGGCAGGCCUGGACCUUUGGUGGUCUCUGUGGGACGUGCAUGGCUGACCGCCUGCAAAAAAACCAGGGUCUCCCUUAAGGGUCAGGUCCCAGUGAGAGGACCCUGACAGCGCAGCUGGGGGUGGAACAGGGGACCCUUGUCUGCAGUGGCCAGGGUCCAAGCCCCUGGACAUGUGCUUAGGGCAGGGGACCUUCCAAAACAGCCCCUCCGAGGGAGGGGAGUGGGCACACGUGGUACCUGCCAAGUCCCCUGAGAGUCCCCUGUGAGCUGGACCAAGCCCUGUUUCCUGCUGAGGCUGGGACAGACAGAACAGACAGCCCGCAGGCUGUGCACGGUUAGGCCCGUGUCCAGAGUAUAUGGGCUGUGCAGCUGGGCAUGCUGGGGUGGCCGUGCUGGGGUGGCCGUGGGUGGGUAACAGUUGGAUGUGGGGUGUAGAUGUAGGUGCCUUGUGUACCACUGUGGAUGUCUGAAAUGGGCAGGGGUGUGUGUGUGUGUGUGUGUGUGUGUGUGAGAGAGAGAGAGAGAGAGAGAGAGAGAGAGAGAAACUGUCCUGUGAGCCCACGGGUGAAAUACGACUGAUAGUGACCAUAGAAACUUUUGUGAGUGUGUGCACGUAUGUGCGUGUGUGCUGACAAACACAACAGUCCUGUGUGUGUCCAUGGGUGCAACAAUGAUAAGCAUGCUUCCAUGUGACUGCAGCAGGGGCCUGUAUUGCGUGUCACCAUCCCUGUAGCAAUGAAGGAGAACUGUCGGUGUCUGGGUCUUGAAGCGGCUGGUACACAGUCGUAUUCAAUAAAUGCUUAAGGAAUGAGUAACCGAACGCAGGGAGACUGGCCCAGAUCAAGUGUCCAAGGACCUGGUCUUACAAACGCUUUCUCUAGAGGUUUGUCUGUCUAUCGCCCGACAUUUGGGGUCUCCUGUGCCUCCUGGUCACUCAGCCCAGAGCCUGGCACUGUGUAGGUGCUCAUGGAAUCUUUGGUGAAGUAACCAGUGAACAACAGAGUUCCUGGAGUAUGGAGGUGGGAGAGACCCCUGUAGAGGAAACCCCCUGAAGCCCACCCUUCAGCCAGGGUCUGGGGAUGGGACAUCUGCAGAGAGCUCUGGGAAACCUGGGUUUCGAGGAGCGUCUGGAUCGGGGGAAAAUGGCACGGGCUUUGGAGCCAGGCCCGACCCAGGCCACUUCCUCUGUGUGCUUGAGGAAGUGGCCUCACUUUGCUGAGCCUCAGAGUUCCCCUCUGUCCAAUGGGGUUCCUGAUCCCACUGUCUCAGUCCACCACGUGGCCCAUGGUAGGUGCUCAAUGGACGUUUGCUGAAUGACUGAAUGACCGAAUGUCGAUCAUAAGUUAUGGCCAUGCCCUGUGGGCAGCAAGGCUCUGUAGCUCAUCCUGGACUCCAGUCACAGCAACACCUGGCUUGUCCCAGGUGGAUCCAAUGACCCAUUUUCCUUUGAUUUGAAGCCAGAGGUAUUCCUGGGGAGAUGGCGGAACAGCAUGGAGCACCUGAGCAGGCUGCAGCUGGCAAGAGCCAUGGAGGCCUUGGGGGCAGCUACAAGGUGAUCGUGUACGAACUAGAGAACUUCCAAGGCAAACACUGCGAGCUUUCGGCCGAGUGCCCCAGCCUGACCGACAGCCUGCUGGAGAAGGUGGGCUCCAUCCAAGUGGAGUCCGGGCCGUGGCUGGGAUUUGAGUCUAGGGCCUUCCGCGGGGAGCAGUUUGUUCUGGAGAAGGGGGAUUAUCCUCGCUGGGAUGCCUGGUCCAACAGCCGUAAUAGUGACAGCCUCCUGUCCCUCCGGCCUCUGAACAUUGAUAGCCCAGAUCACAAGCUUCAUCUGUUUGAGAACCCAGCUUUCAGUGGCCGCAAGAUGGAGAUAGUGGAUGAUGACGUGCCCAGCCUUUGGGCUCAUGGCUUCCAGGACCGUGUGGCGAGUGUCCGCGCCAUCAAUGGGACAUGGGUUGGCUAUGAGUUUCCCGGCUACCGUGGGCGCCAGUACGUGUUUGAGCGGGGCGAGUACCGCCACUGGAAUGAGUGGAACGCCAGCCAGCCGCAGCUGCAGUCUGUGCGCCGCAUCCGCGACCAGAAGUGGCACAAGCGGGGCUGCUUCCUCAGCAGCUGAAAGGCACCCAGACCUCAAAGACCCAGACCCACGCUUCGGGGGCUGCAUGGGCAAGAAGAGGAGGCUCCAGGGCUGGGGCGAGGGCCGACCUGUCCACCCUUCCCUGGAAUCUGCUCAAUAAAGCCUGGGGUUGGUCCCCCGCCUGCCAUGUU